AUGGAUACCGCCAUUGACUUAUCCGAUGCCUCCAAGGCAUUGGACCUCGCAAAUAUCCGCUUCCAGCUGAUUCGGCUCGAGGACACCAUCACCUUCCACUUUAUCGAACGGGUCCAGUUCCCUCUCAACAAAACCGUCUAUGUCUCCGGCGGUGUGAAGAUCCCAAACAGCAACCUGAGCCUGAUGGACUACAUGCUCAGCGAGCAGGAACGCAUACAGUCACGCUUUCGCCGUUUCCAAUCACCCGAUGAAUACCCCUUCUUUCCCGAUGUGCUGGAGGAACCAAUCCUGCAGCCGCUCCAAUACCCCCGCAUCCUCCACGACAAUGACGUGAACGUCAACGAUGUCAUCAAAGAGCGCUACGUGCGCGAGGUCCUGCCGGCCGUGUGUACUCAGUUUGGACGCGAGGACCGCGGCGAGACACAGGAGAACUACGGCUCUGCAGCCACGUGCGAUGUCGCCUGUCUGCAGGCGCUCUCGCGCCGCAUCCACUUUGGCAAAUUCGUCGCCGAGUCCAAGUUUCAGAAGGAUCCGGAGACUUUUGUCCGUUUGAUCAAGGCUGAGGAUCGGGCUGGUAUUGAUGCUGCCAUUACCGAUUCCAAGGUUGAGCAGAAGGUGCUGGAGCGCUUGGGGCUCAAGGCCAAGACCUAUGGUACUGAUCCUGCUUUCCCGGAUGAGAAGGGCCAGAAGAUCAACGCUGAGGCGGUGGUGGCCAUGUAUAAGGAAUGCGUGAUUCCUCUCACAAAGGUGGUUGAGGUCGAAUACCUGAUGCAACGUCUCAAGGGUACCCAAUGGGAGUAG